UCGACGAGCAGAAGCAGCCACAUGCGGCACGCAUCAAGGCCGAGUCUUUUUAUUCCUUGCAUCCGUCCCGCCAAUUCACCGCCUGAACUGACCUCGCUGCUGCCCAGCACGCCCUAGGGUCACUGCACUAAUCGCUAGCCUACCCUGCCGGCGCUAAGUUUCCGUCAUUCCCCCCCCCGCGCGGCGAGUCCAGCGAUGGCAGGCACACUCUGUCGCCUGCACUGCCAGCUCUGGAACCCCGCCCACCAUGCGCGGUUUCGGGUAGAGCUGGCGCAACGACUCAGGGCGCGAGGUGUGUUUAAUUGCGCGGGCGGGUACUGCCAAGCCGGGUUGGACUGGACCUGUCGCGAUAGCACCAGCCCACGCGGCCCCGCCGUUCAACCCCGUUUCAGUCCGCCUCCUCUGUUGUCACGUCGACCACAUUUACGCGUCGAAUGUCUCGCGACGUGCCAUGCGUCUCGUCACAAUCGCCACGGACUCUCGGCGACAGCCGCCGGGAGAGCGGGCGAAUGGCGAUUCGCGAGCGAUUGGUCGUCGCAAGCGAUCGGCGCCGCGCUCCCUCGCGACGCGAGCGCGCGUGGGACGAUAGCGGCGAGGGCGGCUCCUGGCGGCUGGUCCGACCUAAGCCUGACGGACGAUGAGAUUAGGGUCGGAAUUGCGCUGGACGCCGGGGAAGGGGAGCAGCGCAGCCGCGACAGGCGGCGGAAAGCACGCCGCGCGCGGGAUGAAGGGGAUCUGUUUGCGGGCCUGGGCGGGGACGCGGAGGGGUUUGGUGCAGCGGGGGACGGGGAGGCGGAUGGGGGGUUCGCGGUGGAGGGGCCGACUCGCGGGGUGCGGGGGAAGGGGCGGAAUGCGGCGAAGCGGAGUGCGCGGAAGGCGAAGGACUAUGGGGUGGCGCUGGUGGAGCUGAAGCGCAAGGAGGUGCAGCGCGUCGUCAGCUGGAUGGACCUCCCUGAGGGGACACUGGAGGCAGUGCAGCUCGCACAGACCAUCACACGGCGAGGGAAGAAUGGGUGGAGACGGCAACUUAGCUACAUUGGUACUUGAUGCACGCACAUGGGGGCUGCUGCGAGGAGUACCAGAGGAGAGGAUGGAUGAGGCCAUAGCUGCCGCCAAGUCUGGUGUACUGCCAUCCUUCGUGGAAGAGGAGCGUGAGGAGGGAGAGGCUGAGGAGGUCGGAUUGGUGGAGGUGGGGGGGGAAUCGGAAAGAGCUACAGUGGUGGUGACACGGUAGGAAAGGCAUGCUAGUUUUGGUCAGCGAACCGUAAUUCGGUUAUAUCAUGAUUCGAGGAAAAGUGCACAUUUAUGUUUAGUAACGCCAAUUGUACUGUAGCAGUGAUUAAAUCAGGCGUGCUUGUGCAGCUUAGAAGCUCCUCGUGUUCAGGCAAGCAGUAAUUGAGCAUGAACUGA